AUGGAUAUUUCUCAAUAUCUAUUAUCAAUCUCUACCAUUGAGGACUUAAACACAUUAAAUAAAUUUUUUGUUAUAAGUAAACUAUCAAUUCAAGCCUCACAAGUCAUUAAUGAUCCUCAUAAUCGUCUUCAAUGGAUCGACAUAUUAUCUAAAGUGAAAGAGAUCAAAAUCUCUUUAGAACAAUUUAUUCAAGUGUAUCUAAAUAAUCAAGAAGCAUUUAUACAAUUUCCAUUCGAUACACCAGUGCUUAUUUAUCUUAUUAAUCGAAUGCAUUCUUCAAAAGAAGCAAAGGAAUCGCCAUUUAGAACUUUUCUUCGAUUGAACCAAAAUCUAAAACUCAACAAUAACAUGUUCUUUGUACAAUUUCAAUCGAUAUUCAUUAAUGGUAUUAAAAACAAAUGGUAUGAAAUGAAAGAUAUUGCUGAAUUGUUCAUAUCGCUAAGAUCGCAACAUCAACUAUUUGAUCAAUAUUUUUCUCACUAUUCCUCUAAUGUGAACACAGACGAUCUCUGGGAUAUGUUUAUAAAGUUAUGUAAAAUUAAUGCUAUCGAUAAUGUUAAUCAAAAACAUGUAAUAGCAAUAUUAACUGAAAAAAUUCCAUCAACUUCCGUCGGAACAUUCCAUCGAUAUACCAAAUCAGCCAAGAUUUCUUUAGAAGAAAUCAAACCUGAAUUUCGUUCACGUUUCAUCGAAUUAUUCGAGAAAAUCUUUGAUGCUUAUGUUAUUAUGCAGUUCGAUUAUUCACAAUAUUCGUAUCAGCUCUCUCGAACAGAUUGCAAAGAUCUUUUAGAAGUCGGUCUAGAAAUGUCCUCAACUAAUUGUUUAGAAAGAUCUUCUUGUUUACUUCUUGUUCGUAAAAUCCUCUGUGAAACUGAAAUUUAUUAUAAGACCGACGCACAAAAACUCAAAAGUCUAUUUGGAAAUUUGAAAGAUUUUGAUGAGAACUUGUGUCAAAAAUAUGCGGCAGAGAAAAUCAUUGAUGAUGAAUGGUUAAACGAUUUUCUCAUCACUAAUUUGGAAAUUUGGUUAAAAUUGGAUCAAGAGACAUAUAAAUAUUUAUGUGAAAAUCAUCAGAAUAACCCUUGGGCAAUCUACAUUUGGUCACGAUUUGUACAUUUAAGUCUUUCAAAAAUACUAAAUAAUAAUCAUGCAGAUAUUUUAUUCAAAAUUAAUGAUUGGAUGAAAAAAGUUAAACAUCAUAUUUAUAAUCCCACGGAUAUUUUCACAAUUAUAUUAGUGAAUAAAUUAUUUGAACUAGUACUUAUUAAAUACUUCAGAUCAAUUUUAUUGUUACCAAAUAUUGAUAUAAUUAUGAAUUUCAUCAUAUCUAUGCGCGAAAAUACAUCUCGAAGAAUAUAUGUCCGACAAAUUAACAAUUUUAUUAGCAAUGGUUUAGAAAAGGUUUAUGAAGUUUUCCAUUUGAAGAGUAAAUGUUCAUUAUAUCGUGAUUUAUCAACUGAUUCAAUCAUUCGUUGUUUCCUUCCGUUGAUCGAUUUACAUCAAAUUCUUGGUUCAGUUGAUCCUCAACAAUAUAAAUUUCCAUUAACAAAUGCAAAUAUUGAUGGUAUUGUUGCUUUACCUAAACCUAAAGAUAUCGAUAUAACAAAUAUCGAAUCUAACGAAGAAUUUUUUGCUCGAUUUAUUCGACAAAUAAAUGAAUGGUUUGAUUGGUUUGAUCGAUUUAUUGAUAUUUUUCAACAUAUCAUCGAUUGGUUAAAAAAUCAUAAUGUUAAUUGUUCGAGUCAAUUAUCAAUGGAUUUAUUAAAUAUUCGUUAUGAUUUCAAAAUAACUUUUGUCGAGAUGAGAUUAAUUAUUGAUCGUGUUUUGAAAAUUUUACAACCAUUCAAAGAUCUUCGACGUCUCUGUCAUCUAUUCAAUUGUUUGAUUUCAUUUCAAAUUCUUAAUCCAGGAACAUUAAAUACUCAGGAUAAUACAUUGAAAUUUCUUACAGAAUUAAAACGUUUUCAACCAAACAACACAUUUAUGGUACAAGCUAAUGCCACUUACGAACAUAUUAUUUCUAUAAGUGAUCGACAACAAAUUCAAUGGUCAUUAGCAAGUGAAAAUCAUCCAUGUCAUAUUACUGUUAAAUAUCGAAUUCAUGGAAAAAAUAAUCAAUAUGAAAUAUUAUAUCAAAAAGAAAAUGUUCCUAUUCAUAAAAAUGUUCUACAUGGUCAAUUUGAAAGUCAACGUAAUGGUCAAUUAAUAAUAACGAUUGAUAAUAAUAAUAAUAAUAAUGAUUCAUCUCGAACAAUAUGGUAUCGUAUUAAAUCUAUUAGUUUAUCAACUUGUUAUUUAUUUCAUGGUAUAUUUAAUAUUCAUUAUGAUAAAUGUUAUCAACAAAAUCCUCAAAUUAUUUCUGAAGAUGAUUUUAGUAAAUUACUUGAUCAAGUAUUUGAGUUUAUAAAUAAACUUUUAAAUGGUGAUGUAACUUUACGAGCUAUGGAAGAAUUACGAACUAUUUUCUAUGAUAAAAAUAUUAAUAUACGAGAAGAAGUUAAAAAAUUAUAUACAAAUCGUACGAAUGAACAAAAUAAUGAUCAAGUAAAUAUUCCAAAUAUUGAUUCAAAUGAAAAAGAAAUUGAACAAGUUUGUGAAUGGUUACAAAUCUAUCAAUAUUAUAGUCAUCUCAAUAUUAUUAUGAAAUGUAUUGAAACAUUCGAUAUUUUACCAUUAAAUGAUGAAGAAGAAACAAUUGGUCAUUUAAGACGUUUGAGUGGUAAUGAAAAUUGUUCAUUAAGAGAUAUAACUCAAGCUUAUAGAAUAUUACAAGAUUGUUUUCAAAAUUUAACUCAUCAACAUUUACAAUUAAUUAAAACAGCUGUUGAAUGUUCGAAUGUUAUUGAAAUGAUGCGAAAAUCCGAGCUUUAUUCUACUCAUGGACGACGACGUUUUCAAGAAUUACGAGAUAAUUUAACAACACAAUUUCAAUUACAAGAAUUGAAUAAUAUGAUUCUAAAUUCAUGGAUUAUAACAUAUACAUUAAUUGAACCAUUUAUUUUUCAAGCUAAAAAUUUCAAAGAUUUUGUUCAUUGUCUUGUUGAACUAUCAAAUUUAGAAGAAAGUUCAUUAAAUCAUAUCAAAGUAAUUAAUGAUCAUAUACCAAUUGUAACAAUGUGGUUAUCAGCAGAAGAAACGACAGUGUUAGACAAUGCUUUAAUUACUAUGGAACAUUUAUAUAAAAGUGGAACUGUUGAUAUUUAUUUACGACGUUUAACGAGAAAACCAUCAUAUUAUGAAAUUGGUUAUUCGAUUGAUCGUAUACAAAGUGAAGACAAUGAUAGAAUUAAAGCAAAAAAAAAUCAAUUUCUAUUAUCAAUGUCAGAUAUUGAUGAUCAUAAACGUCAAUUAACAUUUUGUAAUGUUGAUGUUCAACAAAAUUUAAUCUAUAAAAAAACUUUAAUUAAUGAACAAUUAAAAUUAUUAAAAACAAUUGAAAAUAUCUAUCAUAUUUUUACUAAAUUAGAAUUAGCUGGUCAUCCUGAUUAUCAAUUACGAGAUGAACAUUAUGAAAUUCAUCUUCAACACACUAAUGCUGGUUCAAUGUUAAACGAUUUACGUAGUCAUCAAAAUGCUCUCUUAGAAAAUGCUAUUCACAUUCAAAUUCAAAAUUUACAAUUAAUAUACAAUACAUUACAAGCGACAUAUGAUAUGUGGAUACAAAAUCUAGAGAAAUAUCGUCAAAUAUGUUCAUUAUUAAAAUUAUUUUCUAAUCGUGAAAUUAUGAUUUUAAUUAUUCUACUUCGAACAUCGAAUGCACCGAAUUCUAUUCGAAAUAAUUUUCUAAAAAAUUUAUUUUCAUAUAGAGAUUUAAAUAAUCAAAAUGAUGAAGAACAAAAAUUAGCUAUUCAUUGUCUUGAACAUUAUCUUCGUUCAUUAAGAAUUUCCCAAGCAAAUUUAACUACAAAUCAGCUUGUUGAACUUUAUCAAAAACAUCGUAUUGAAAUUGAAUUAAAUACAGAUAUGUAUUUGAAAAUACUAUCAGAAUUUCUUCAAGAUUUAUUUGAAUAUGAUGAUGAAAUAUUUCAACAGAAUCACGUACAUAAUGAAAAUCAACAAUUUCUUGUUAAUAUCAAUCGUCCUUCAUCGACUGCGAAUGAAAUUUCAUUUGCACAUGAUUUUGAUCUCGAUACUUGUUGUAUUCUAUUAAAUAUCUUUGAAAAUCAAUUACCAUCUUCUUAUCAAAUUCUUUGGUGUUCUAAUACAACUAAUGAAGAUAUUCAUUUAUUUUUUUCUCGUAUACGAACAUUUCCUUCUCUUACAUUUGUUAUUAUGGAUAUUGAUAAAAUGCAUCAUCGUCUACGAGAAUUACUUUUACAUGAACAAGAUUUACUAACACGUGAACAAAAUAUACAUGGAAGAGUGUUUUAUUUUUCAUGUGAAUUAACAACGCGUCGAAAAGGUCUACGAGAAUUUCAAAUACCAACUAAAUAUAAAAAUUCUAAUCAAAGUUAUCAACAUUUAAUGAAUCGAUUCAAAGAACAUCACAUUAUACCAUCACAAAUUCAAAUUAUCUGUGGUAAAACGGGUAUUGGUAAAACUCAUCGUAUCAACAAAGAAUAUAAAACUGAUCAUACGUCAUGUUUUAGUAUUAAUGAUAAAUUAAAUCUUUCAUUGUUAAUCAGUUCAUUUCUUUUAUUUGAUUCAAAUAUGAUUAAUAAUAAUCCAUCGAUUUUUUUCAAUAUAUCUAUUCAUGCACCAUUCGAAGAAUUAAAUCGAACAUUAUUUUCACUUUUCAUUUGUGGAUGUUUAAAGGAUCCAGCUAGUGGUUUAAUAUUUUCAUUACCACAUAUUCGAACAUGGAAAUUUAUUAUUGAAAUUCCCUAUUCAGAUGUUUUUGGUGUUGAUGUUCGAGAAAAUUUCAAUCUAAUUUUGCCGAUUCUUUCCAUUAUUUCUCCAUUAACAGUAGAAGAAGUUACUGAUGAUAAUUAUCAAUUAUCUAUUGAUAAAGAAGAAGAAAUUGUAGCUCGAUUCUUAAAAGCAUUUGAAGAUAAAACUAUUGAUCGUAUGGUAACAAUGACAAAGACUGGCCGUGAAGUACCCGUUAAUUUCGAACCAAUAACUAAUUUUGAUACAUGUCGAACAUAUAUUUAUAAUUGUAUAAAAAAAUAUUGUCCAGAUUUACCAAAAAAUAAAAUCUAUGAACUUUCAUUUACGAAAUUUUUAUAUCGUCGUGUACGUUUCUUUGAAGGACAUUACUAUUGUUGGAAUCAAAAUAUUCAAAAUUUAGGUACUAUUGCUAUGCAACAAAUGAUUAAUGAAGCAAAAUCUUUAACACAAAUUAAUUUUCAAGAUAAUUAUUAUCCUCGAGUUUAUCUUAUUUAUGAUCCAGGAUUUGCUUUACAUUUAUUACAUGCUAAUUGGAAUCAUGUUUCAAAUGAAUUAAAAAGUUUUUUCAAUAAUUGUGAUCCAUUUAAAGAUGAACAAUAUCAAAAUAAAGAUUAUUUUGCUAAAUGUUUAUCAUGGUUAAUUGAUAUUAAAUAUGAAACAUUUAUGAAAAUUGUUCAUGAAACAAAAUUUAUUUUAACAGAAAAUUUUGUUUAUAAACUUUUUCAUGUACAUGAACGAAAAUUAACAAAAUUAGCUUUAAUUAUUGAAGGUGAUACUGGUGUAGGUAAAACAUUUCUUUUGAAAUUCUAUUCAUUAUUAUUGAAUUCAAAAAAUACGCAUAAUUCUCUUCAAAGAAAUAUUAUUCCAAGAAUUAUGGAAAAUUCUAGUCUAUUUCUUCUUGAUAUUAUUGAAACGAUCAUAGAAAAACAAACGAAUCUCUUGAGUAUAUUUCUUCAACGAAUCAAAUCAAAAAUUUUAGAUUUAGAAAACAAUAAUGACAAUGAUAAUGAUGAACUCCUCAAUCAACGACCAAGACCAGUGCUAAUCCUACCUGUAGCAGAACAACAACAAAAUAAUGCACCAGUCGAUAAUAUUCUAUUAAAACAAGUUAAACUUUCUUUAGCAAAAUAUCAAUUAAAAAAGAAUAUUCUAUAUUUCAUUUGGAAAACAAUUCUUAAUGUUGCAACUGAAUAUCCUCUGAUUUCAACAACAACAUUAAUUCAAAAAUUACAUGUCUAUGUUACUAAUGAAUUAGUAAAAUAUCCAUUAAUUGAAAUUAGUUCUCGAUUGAAAAGUUUACUUCAAGAAAUUUGUUCAUCUACUACUGAAAUGUCCAUUGAAAUAUUCAAAGAAUAUUUAUUUUAUAGUCAAAUGAAAUCAUUAUUCUAUCGUCUUCUUUUACAUCCUGGUAUAACUGAAGAACAAUUAGUCGAAUUUAUGUCACCUAUUUCUCAAUUAGCUCGAGAAAUACCACAAAUAGAAAUAGUCAUUUUCUUUGAUGAAGUUAAUACAGCAUCAUGUCUUGGUCUAUUCAAAGAAAUGUUCAUGGAUGGAACAUUACAUGGUACAAAUAUACCGAAAAAUAUUUUCUUUACAGCUGCUAUUAAUCCAUUGAUAAAAAUUGAAGAAAAUACACCACAAAUUCAUCGUAGUGAUUAUCUUGUUCAUGAUUUACCACAAUCAUUAAAAGAUUUAAAAGUUUCCUAUGGACCUUUAGAAUCUAGAACAUUAGCUGAUUAUAUUGUUCGAAAAAUAGCUAUGUUUCAAAUAACUUCAAGAACAAAUAGUGAAAAAACGAUUCCAUUAGAAGGUUUUGUUCAACAUACAUUAGCUGAUGCAAUUUUACGAGCACAAGAAUUUUGUGAACAAAAUCUCGGAUGUAAUUCGGUUUCACAACGAGAGAUUCAACGAUGUUUCAAUUUAAUAGAAUUCUUUUGGAAAAUGCGAUAUGAUGAUGAACUUAAGUAUGAUCAAAAUACAUAUACACCUAAUCCUACUCGUUGUAUUGCUUUAUCAAUUGCAUUAAUCUAUUAUUUUCGACUUCCAACAAAAGAAGAUAAUUUUCAACGUAAUGACAAAAAGACACCAUCACGAGAACAAUUAGCUGAAGUUCUCUGUAAAGCUAUACCAAAUUUUGAUCAAGUCAUUCAAAAUGAAUUAGAACGAUUUGUUAAUACAAAUAAUUUUAUUAUUCCACAAGGAGUAGCAAUUAAUCAAGCUGUUCGUGAACAUAUCUUUUCAAUUGUAGUUAGUAUUGUUACACGAACACCUUUAUGUAUCAUUGGUGUACCUGGUCAAUCGAAAACAUUAUCUUUUCAAAUUGUUCUUCAAAAUCUUCAAGGUUCACAAUUAUCAGUAAAAUCAUUCUGUAAACGUCUUCCUGCUGUUGAUCCAUUCUUUUGUCUUGGAUCAAAAUAUAGUCGUUCCGAAGAUAUUGCUUCUGUUUUUGAACGUGCUAUCAAACGUGAACAACAAUAUGAACAAAAUCGAACGAAUACACGAUGCGUAUAUGAAGCCUCAUUACCCGAUGAAAAGAAAAUGAUCUUAAAAGUUUUACAUCCUUAUUUAGAUGAAUGUAAAGUAGCAUUUGUGGCAGUUGCUAAUAAAGCAUUUGAUGCGGCUAAUGCUAAUCGAAUGAUUUGUAUUUAUCGUUCAUUACCAUCUGAAGAUGAUCAGAAAAUUUUAGCUUAUGGUUGUUUGGGUUUACAAUUAGAAAAACGACAAGCAACCAUUAAUGAUCGUCUUGAUAAAAUCAUCUAUGGUUUAUGUCAGGGUUAUCGACGAAUUCUUUAUUCACCAGAUAUUCCUCAUAUAUUUCAUGAUCGUGAUUUUAUCUAUAUGUUAAGAGAAUUACGAUUUGAAUUGACAAAUGUAAAUGAAAUUGAAGAAAUUAGUAUAGGAGAAAUAACACCAAGAAGUUUAUUACAAGCAUUAGAAGAUAAUUUUAAUGGAAUUCGAAUAGAAGAAUUUGAUAAAUUAGUUGAUAUUUUUAUUACAGCUGUUGGAGAACAAUGUCCUGAUUUUCGAGUAUUAAUCACUGAAAAACAACAAAUUCAACGUAAUAUUCCAACAAUUCUACAUAGUUCAAUGAAAUUAGAUCCAAUACGUCGUCGUCUCUAUGGUAGAUAUAAAUUAAUAAUUGAUGAAUCUGAAGAUGAAAGUGCUGUUCGUCUUCUAUUUCAAUUUGGUAUACUCGAUUCUGAUCCAAAUCGAACAACUGUUUUUCGUAUGCCUGAUUUUCUUGAUGAUAUUGAUAAUGAAUUACGAAAUGUUGAAAUCUUAUCAAAUAUUAAAUUAUGUAUGGAAACAGGUAAAACUAUUUUAAUGAUUAAUACAGGUCGUAUUCAUGGUUCACUUUAUGAUGUUUUCAAUCAAAAUUUUUCUAUUAUGGCUACUGAAGAAAGUCGAAAAAUCUUUUCGAAAGUAGCUAUUGGUCCGAAAACAAUUGAUGUUAUUGUACAUGAAGAUUUUCAAUGUAUUGUUCAUAUUAAACGAAGUGAAUUUAAAGAUAUUCCAGCACCAUUUUUAAGUCGUUUUCAAAAAUAUUCUUUAAGUAUAGCAGAUUUUUAUUCAAUUCAAUUACGAAAUAUUCCUAUCGAAGAACAAAAUCUUAUGAAAAAUAUUGAAAUAAAAGUUCGAUCAUUUAUUGAUCAUUUUGGAAAAGAAUAUUUCUAUGGAUUUAAUAAUGAAACAUUAUAUUCAUGUCUUUUAUUAUUUAUUAAAAGAAAUAAUCAAAACGAAUUUUAUCUAUCAAAUAUUCAUGAUAAUUAUACACAAUUAACAAUUCAAUCAAAAUCAUUCAUUGAACAAGAUUUAAAUAAUAAACAACAAUGUAUUCUUUUUUCUAUUCUUUCAAAAUUUUUACAAUUAGCUUCACCUGAAUCAAUGAUAUUUAAAUUACCAACAUUCGAUGAAAAUACAGCUCGAUUAUUAUGUCAAAAUUAUUUUUAUCAACAUGAACAUUUUAAUAUUGAAAAUUUUCUUUAUCGAUUUAUUUCUAGUCCAUCAUUAACUAUCGAUGAUAGAGAAUUAUUAACUAUGAACGAUACUACCUAUCAAAAAAUUAAUAAUAUUAUUAUUACAAGAAAAUUGAUGAUAUUCACUCGAACAUCAUCAUUUGUUAUUGGCUUAAAUAAACAAUCACAAAAUGAUUUAUUUCAUAAGAAUGAUGAAAAUUAUAUGACAAUGAACAUUAGUGAAAAAGUUGAUGUUCUAAAUCUCGCAAUCAUUGAAAAUUCAAAUGAAUUACUUGAACAAUUUCAAACAUUUGAACAAUCAAAUCAAAAAUCUAUUCUUAUUAUUGUUAUUGAUGGUCGUAUUGGACAACAACGUAUACAUAUUCCAUUUGUUCGACAAUUAAUUGACAAAACAGAUCUUUCUUGUAAUAAAUCUUCUGAAAAUCCAUCAAAAUUUUUUAUUAUUCUAAUACAUUCAUCUAGUCAAGAACUUAAUUAUAAAUUAUGUUUUCCUUCAAUAUUUUUAUAUGAUUGGGAUUAUUGGUUUCUCGAUACAUCAACACCAGGUAGUGCAUUUCAUCUACAAAAAAUGUUACAAAUAUUUACUUCAAAAAUUGAAAAAUCUCAUCAAAACGAAACAAUAAAUGAUUGUUUUUAUGAUUUAAAUAUUCUUUUUGAUGAUUGUCUAUGGGAUUUUUGUUCUCGUUUACAAAUCAAUGUACAUAAAUUAUCACAAGAAUUAUUUAAUAAUUCGAAUGCUUAUGAAUUCUAUCAACGACAAACAACUACUUAUCGACGUGUUCAAUGUUUGAAAAAUAUUUUUCAACAAGUAAAUCAAUUACAAAAACAUAUCAUUACAAUUUAUCAUGAAAAUGUUUCAAUGAAAGAAGAAUAUUUAAGAAAAAAUUGUAAUUUAAUUUAUGAUAUUUCAAAAGAUACUUUAUGUGGAAAACAUUUAACUAGUCUUGUUGAUUCUUUACCAUCUCAUAUACGAAUAUCAUUUACAAAUUUUGUUUCACAUAUUUUGAAAUAUAUUAUUGAUGAUUAUGGAUUAGAAUCUUUAACUAAAUUAUCAAAUAAAGAUAAUGAAUAUAAUAAAUUACUUGAUUUAAUUAAUUAUUCAUCAUUUGAUAUCAAUCAAGGAAUAUUAACAUUAAAUAAUCAUUAUUCUUGUAUACCUCAAACACCGUUAUAUUAUUUAUGUCGACAACGAAUCAAAAGUUUUGCAGAUGAGAUUAAAUUUAAAUUGGUCCAUCGACAAAAUAAAUUUCAAGGUUUCACAUUUUAUUUUCUUAUCUUUGUUUAA